AUGAGUGGAACUGGUGCAAAUGACGGAGGUGGUGGGGGCUCCAGAUGUGGAGGCAGGGGCGGCAAUAGAGGCGGAGGUGGCGGUGGUGGAUCCAAAGGUGGGGGCAGGUGCGGCACUGGAGGCGGAGGUGGCGGUUACGGAUCCAAGGUAAAGGCAGGGGCGGUAAUGGAGACGGAGGUGGUGGUGGUGGAUCCAGAGGUGGGGGCAGGAGCGGCAAUGGAGGCGAAGGUGGCGAUGAUGGAUCCAGAGGUGGGGGCAGGGGCGGUAACGAAAGUGGAGGUGGCGACUAUGGAUCCAGAGGUGAGGGCGGGGCAGCAAUGGAGGCAAGUGCCAUUUGUGGAUCCAGAGGUGAGCGAGAGGGUGGCAAUGAAGGCGUAA